UUAUUACGUUUGAAAUUACGCGGGUAAAAAGAUUCAAUCGUUGAUAGGUUGGCAAUACUGUAACACGCGCAGAUUGCAGUCACUAAAGUUGUUGAGGUUAGAGAACGUAUAAUAUCGAAUAACAAUAUUUUCUUAAUAAUCGAAUAUAACGUAUCAAUGAAUUAACGAACGUUCAAUUAAAUUUUAUUAUGAAAUUAUCUAAAUGAAUAAAUUUCUACGAUACGUAAUUGUUAACCGAGAAAUGUCGAAACAAGGUGGCAAGAAAACUAAAAAAGCUCAGAUUGGCGAUAUAAAUAAUACGAUAACCACAGGACCUAUAACUGUUAAUAAAGAUGGAAAAAUACAAAUAAAAAUUCAAGCGAAACCUGGAGCUAAACAUAACGGUAUUACAGAUAUUUCAGAAGAAGCUGUAGGUGUUGCAAUAUCUGCACCUCCUGUACAAGGUGAAGCAAAUACUGAACUGAUUAAAUAUUUAGCCUCUGUAUUAGGUUUAAGAAAAUCUGAUGUAAUGUUGGAUCGAGGAUCCAAAGGUAGGCAAAAAGUAAUCACUGCGACUGGGAUUACAGUAGAUGAAGCGCUGCAAAGAUUUAAAAAGGAAAUUGAUAAUUAACCAAUGCUAAAACUUGAUUUGUCAACAUUUUUUAUUAUAUUAUUUUUCUUUCAUCACUUCUAUUCUCAAUAUAAUUCAUAUCUGCUGUACAUAAAAUAUAAGGCAAUUUAAAAAAUA